AUGAUAGAGAGUGACAAGGGAAAAGCAGGUAAUAUCCAUCCUAUGGAUAUUGGGAAAGUAUUUCAUACAAUGGGUACGACUGGAAUUAAAGAAAUUAGUAGAAAAGGCAUGAAUAGAAUUGGAGUAAUUUUUACCUCCAAACAGGCAAAUAUGGCACUAAAUAGCACAGAAAUUCUUGAGAAUGGAUUUCUUGCUUAUAUACCUCAAAAAAUGCUAACAUCAAGGGGUAUUAUUAGAGAUGUAAGUAUAAAUAGUUCAAUGGAAAACAUAGUUAACGACAGUAAAUUACAAAAAAACGGGAAAAUUAUAUCGGCCAGAAGACUUAACAGAGGAGUUUUAGAUAGCAAUGGGACCGUUACAUACAUUCCAACAGGAACUGUACAACUACUCUUUGACGUAAGAACUCCCCCUAAAGAAAUAAUUAUCUAUUCAAACUUGGUAACAGUAGAUCCAUACAUCCCUCCUGUACAGCAAUGUUUCAAAUGCCUAAGAUUUGGGCACUCACAAAGACAGUGCCGGGGAAAAGCAAGAUGCCCGAAAUGUUCAGAUAAACAUACAUUUCAAAACUGCACAGUUUCUGUACCAAAAUGCCUAUACUGCGAUCUCGAACACCUUGCCACAAAUAAAAUUUGCAAAGAAUUCGAGAGACAAAAAAGAUAA